GGCAGGCAAACCUAACCCGCCGUCCCUCCAUCCGCAUGCUCCCCACCCGCCCGCGGGUCACAGGCGACCGCACCCCUGCCACUGCGGCGUUGCGUGUGCGGGAGGAGCGGCGGCCGCUCCCGACGCACGGAAACGUCGCGGGGGCGGUGAGGGUGUGAGUGUGUGAGAGAGGAAGGCACUGGCAGCAUACACACACAGCAGCGGCUCCUAGCACCGGCAAGAUGCUGAACCUGGAGCUCUUGCUCCUGGGUCACCUCCUGAUCUUGGGCUCGGCCGAGAGGGUCCCACGGCUGAAAUUCGCCCCCACAGAUCAGCCCCGGGUGAAGUUUGAAUCACCGGCUAGGUCCUCGGUGGGAUAUCACGAUGAGAAGUCGGACACUCUAUACCUUGGAUCCACGGGAAGCGUGUACCUCCUGCAGUUCACCGACGCUGAUGUCUCCCAGACUCCGAUCCCCCUGUCGCUGGAUGACAACACCAGAAAGAAGUGCCAGAGCAAAGUGUCAGCAAGUCAGGAGCUCUGUGAGAACGUGAUCACUGUGAUUCAGAGGGUCAACAAAACAACAAUCAUCAUCUGCGGGACUUAUGCUGGAAGCCCCAAGUGCUGGUUUUUGCCCAACAACAGGACUCAGCUAGCAAGUGACAAAGAGGGGCGCCAGAUAAUAGUGCAGGACGGGAGGGACAUCACACCUUCGGUGCCAAGACAACGUCCUAUUACCAUCACAGUCGGUGAAGACCUGUACUCAGCCAUUAGCAGCACGAGCCAGAACAGUGGUUCCAUUCAGCGCAGUUACGGGUGGAUGAAACACCUGAAGUCUGAGGACAAAUGGUUCCAGAAUCCAACAUUUGUGGGAUCUGCUUGGAUUCAAAUGACAGACAGGAACAAGGACGAGGUUUACUUCUUCUUCAGGGAGACCAAUGGCAGUACUGCGUUAGAUGGAGAGCCUUACAGGGCCUAUGUUGGACGUGUCUGUAAGAUCGACGAAGGUGGAUCGAAAACGGCUGGUCAAGACUCGUUUACCACGUUCUUGAAGGCACGACUCAUCUGUGGCUUCCCAACAGAAUCCAGGCUCUUCAACAAGAUUGAAGACGCGUUUGUCCUGCAUGCGGAGGAUGAUCCAAAGAACAGCAUGGUGUACGGGGUCUUCUCCAGCUUGUGGAACUCCACUGGUAUCUGUGCCUAUUCCCAGUCGGACAUAGAGCAGGCAUUCCGAAACCCAAAACUGAAGGGCUUCACCGGCAACCUACCUGGGGGCCAGAGGCCAGGAACGUGCAUCAAGGUGACCCCACCCAAAGUCAUUCAAGCCAUCAGAAGCUUCCCAGAAAUUGAGGCGCCUAUCUACCCAUUUUUGAAUCACCCACUCUACGUUAUGAAGCACAACAACUACACUAGGAUUACAGCGGACAGAGUGAAGGGGGCCAACCAGGACGUCUAUCAUGUCCUAUUCCUUGGUACAGGUAAUGGAAAAAUCCACAAAGUUCUACUCAACAGUGGGAAGUCCUUCAUCAUUUCAGAGCUUAGCCCCUUUACGGCUGAAGCUCCCGUCUCCAUCAUGACGCUGGACUCGAGCAUGGGCCACCUGUAUGUUGGAACACCAGUGGAGAUGGUGCGGCUCCCGCUCGCCAACUGCGCAGACUACGGCAGCACGUGUGUGCAGUGUGUUGCUGCCAGGGACCCAUACUGCGGAUGGAACAGAACCAGUGGGGAGUGUGUGGCUGUCCCUCGAACCCUCAGUGUUACAGACAGUGACGUUGUCCAGAACAUCGAUCAGCUCAAUGUGUCUGUUUGCGAUGGUGCAUCAGAUGUGGUGGUGUUGAGUGAGGAGCCCACAGAACUGAUCAUCAGUUCAGGAGCGUACCUCUACCUGCCUUGCCCGGUGAAGUCAUACCACGCAGUCUAUACAUGGAGUUAUAACAAAGAUCAGUUUACAUGCACCAUCAAGGAUGGGUCCUGCCCGCUGAUGUUCAAUGGGGAGGUCCCUGUGAGAAAGGGGCUCUUCAAGUGCACAGCCAUUGAAGAUGGGCUGAGGGAGGAACUCGCUGCCUAUAAAGUCACGCUGAACAAGGGGAGCACAUUGGGGCUGGAGCGCACAGCUUUCAUUCUCAUUCUUACUGUGCUGUGCUACCUGCUGUAGAGUGGCAGGAAUUACGGUGUAUGAGAACCUUAUUUUGAAUGUAUGCUCUUUCACCCUGGGGAAUGAAGUUGGCUUCUUGUCCCAAAUUAAAUUUAGUUUGAAUGCAUCAGCUGCAAUCUCUCUCUCCAACUCGUGGCCAUUUCAAUCACUCCUAUCCCCAUUUCCUGCCCAAGACACCAGACUCUCCCAGUGUCUGGUCAAAGGCCACUGCUGCCCACCACCUCUCCACUGUGAAGCUGAGUGGUUGAGACAUGCUCAGACUCAGUCAUAGGCAUCAGUGGACUCCAUCCUCCCCUGCACCAGCUCCACUCACGCUGAUCGCUUACUUCGGGAGGGGUGUUGGUGGUUCAUGGGGAAUCAGGGCUGGGGAAUUGGCAUUGGUUUAUUAUAGUUACAUGUAUCAAGCUAGAGUGUAAAGCUUGUCUUCCAUAUUGUUCGUACAGAUCUAAUCAGUACACAGAGCACUGAGCUAGAACAAUGUUAAGCAAUAACAAUGCAGAAUAAAGUGUAACAGCGCAGAGAAAGUGCAGGCAAACAAUAAGCUGCAAGAUGAUCAUAAGGAGAUUGUGAGGUCCAAACCCAUCUGCACAUUCUCUCUUCUCCCCCCUCCUCUCAGACAAGAAAUACAAAAGCCUGAAAGCAUGUACCACCAGACUCAAGGACGGCUUCUACCCCAGUGUUUUCAGAUUCUUGAACAAACCUCGUAUGAUAAGAUGGACUCUUGGCCACACAAUCUACCUCGUUAUAUUACAUUUGGUUUACCUGCACUGUACCCACUCUGUAGCUGUUACAUUUUAUUCUGCAUUGUUAUUUAUCAGUGCCACAUUAUCCUUUACCUGCACUGCACUUUCAAUACCUUGUUUUCUACUUUGUUUUGGCUUUAACUUGUUCUAGCUCAAUGCACUGUGUCGUACAUACAAAGCGAUGGAGGAACUUAGCAGGUUAGGCGUCAUCUAUUGAGGGAAUAAACACUCAAUGUUCCAGGCCGAGGCCCCUCAUCUGGUCUCCAUUGAUGCACUGUGCAACAAUUUGAUCAAGACAAGCUUUUCACUGUACACUGAUCAAGUGGCAAUAAACCAAUAUCAAAUAUUAUAGAAAACAAUUUGUACUGUUGUGACUCAGUGCAAUACAAUCACACUGCCCAGAAAGAACUCUUUCUGAAAAAGCUCACUGGUGUAAAGGUAAACUGCUUACUGAGGUGUGGGAGUGAAAACAUUAUUCUGCAGAAAAUUAAGGGGAGUGUUAGCCUGUAUCUAACCUUUAUUGUCUCUGCCCUGGGAGGCUGUGAUGGGACAAUGUAGUGGGAACUUAACUCCAUAUCUGACCCAUACUGCCUUUGCCUCGGGAGCGUUGAUGGGGCGGUAUAGAAUGAAUUUUAUCAACUGGAGUGUAAUUGCUUUUAAAGAGCGUUGCUGAGUGAUUUUGUGCUGCUGAUAUAGUGUAGUGAGAAAUUUAAAGUCAAAUUAAUUCAGUUGCAUCCAUGCUUGUUUAAUGCCAAAAGUUGCAUAGUAACAAGCACGAAAUUUGUAUCUUCUCAAGGAAAUCAUUUGAGAUCCUCUCUACCCACUGUCAUCUGUGCAUGUGGGACACAGAAAGAUUUCAGAAUAUAAUCCCUCAAGAACCCCUCCACACUUGAGGGACAUGUGGCUUCUGGGGUGGCGGGAGGUGUUGCAAGGAAUUCAGUCAGUAGCAGAGUGUGCUCUGAUAACCAGCAGUGUCACAGGGAUGUUGAUGACAUGCAACAACAGGUUUCCCUAUCCUUGUGUUUCAGGUUUGACAUACCUCUCACUGGUUCAGCAGCCCCAAUUCGAAUGCUGUUCCAUACUGCCUAUACAGGCCUAUUCCAUCAAAGGCUUUCUGAAUGGAUUUUUGAACUGGGGAGAAAGACUGAGGGAUUUUCUGAUUGGUUGGUGUGUUAACACAGGAGUUGGUGUUGGAAACGCAUCUUUUCGUGUUACAAGUCACUGAUUUGGAUGGAAUUGAUGGCUUUGUGGAAAACUUGGUGGAUGGGGCAGGUCGUGUUGACUAAGCAGGGAGACUUCAGAAAGACAGAAAUUUGGAGAAUAGGCAAAGAAGUGGCUGAUGGAAUAGUGUCAGGUAAUGCAUGGUCAUGCACUUUGGUAGAUGGAAUAAAGGCGUGGGCAAUUUCUAAACAGGAGCAAAUUCAGAAAUCAGAGGUGCAAAGGGAUUUGUGAGACCUUGUGAAUGAUUCCCUAAAGGUUAACUUGCAGAUUGAGUCAGUGAUAAGGAAGGCAAAUGCAAUGUUUUCAUUCAUUAUAUUUCAAGAGGAGUAGAAAAUAAAAGCAAGGAUGUAAUGCUGAGGCUGUAUAAGGCAAUGGUCAGACUGCACUUAGAAUAUUGUGAGCAGUUUUGGGUCUUGUUCACAAUUAGUCAGGGCACUAAAGGUUAUGGGGAGAAGGCAGAAGAAUGAGGUUGAGGAAUAAUAAAACAGCCAUGAUGGAAUGGCAAAGCAGACUAGAUGGGCCAAAAAGCCUAAUUCUGCCUCUAUGCCUUAUGGUCCUAUUGAAUUCUGAAUGAAGUUGCUUUCUCUGAGACAAGGACCCACAGCCUCAGUAUCAUUCAGGGAAGUAGGCUCUUGGUGAGGGCAAACACCAGCACUCUCUCCACUGUACUGCUGUGGAGUGGAAGCAGUGAACAAGCAGUGGUAUUCCAGUCGGUUCCAGGGGACAGCAUGUAUCAUAGAGCACUACAGCGUACAGUUUCAGGCCCUUCAGCCCAUCUAGUCUGUGACAGUUUUUCUGCAUAGUCCCAUCGAUCUGCAUCCGAACCAUAGCCCUCCAAUCCCUUCUGUAAAUUUAUCUAACCAAACUUCUCUUAAAUGUAACAUUGAAUCCUCAUCUACCACUUCCGCUGGCAGCUUGUUUCACAUUCACACCACCCAAUGAGUGAAGGUUUCUUUAUAACUCAAGUGCUAGCAAAAUCCUUGAAAAAUUUCUCUGCACUCUUUCAUUCUUAAUUACAUCUUUCCUGUAGGUAGGUAACCAGAGCUGCACAGAAUACUCCAUAUUCUCCCUCACCAACGUCUCAGAUAAUUUCAACAUCCCAACGGCUGUACACUGUGCCCUUAUUUAUGAAGGUCAAUGUGCCAAAAGCUCUCUUGAUAAUACUAUCUACCUGUGAUGCUACUUUCAAAGAAUAAUGUAUUUGUAUUCACAAGUCCCUUUGUUCAACCACACAGCUCAGUACCCUGCCAUUUACUUUAAGUCCUCCCAAAAUGCAACACCUCACACUUGCCUGCAUUAAAAACCAUCUGCCAUUUUUCCAUCUGGUCCAGAUCCUACAAGCUUUGAUAGCCUUCUUCAUUGUCCACUACAUCCCCAAUCUUGGUGUUACCCAUAAAUUUACUGAUCCAGUUUGUAACAUUAUCACCCAAAUCCUCAAUAUAGAUGAUAAACAGUAGCAGACCCAGCACCAAAUCCUGCAGCCUACCAUUAGUCAGACCUCUAGUCAGAGGGACAACCAUCAACUACUCUUACUAAGCCAAUGUUGAAUCCAGUUGACCAUUUUAUCCUGAAUGCCAAGUAACUUAUCCUUUUGGACCAGCCUCCCAAGUGGGACUUUGUCAAGGGCAUUUUUCAAAGCACUUUUAUAGUAAUGAGUCCUACAGUUUUUUUUUAAAAAGAACGCCACUAGCCAAGUAUGGAACACUCUUAUUUGAGAACAGUACAUACUGACACAGUGCCAUGGGACAUAAAGCAAUUGCUGUUCUACUCACAAGGAUCAGAAUGCCAGGUCUGCCAACUUUUUAAAACAUUCUUAAUCUCAUCCAUUGCCCAUUUUGGUAAAGAAAGUACCUUGUAAGACCACUUCCGAAAGCAUUAAGUACCAAUCACAUACAUUGUGCUCCUAUUGUAUCUAAAAAAGCAAUCCUUAAAGAAAAAACAGUAAUCAUAAGGUACAUCAGAUGAAAUUCUACCAGCACUGGGAGUGAAUGGGAUCGAUGUUAUACUUCAUGCUCAGAUAAGCUCUUCUAUCUAUUUCAGUCAAGACAACUGGUAUCUGGGAACUGAGCAAGGACCAGCUUCAGACAGGGAUGGAGGGGCAGGCGAACAUUACAUUCCAAUAAAGGGUUUGAGAUGAGAAAAGAACUACCCACUGCAUGACUUUACCACCCUUUUGGUGCAGUUCCAUCCAAGAUGCCUUCCUUGGCUUUCCAUUAUACAUGGCUAGUGUCCUGCAGUCAAAAGAUUCAUGAUGCUUAAAGCGGUAACUUUGGCCUUUAUGUAACUUGUCCAUGAAUGUGGGGCUCAAGGCAUUAAAAACCAUUAUUUCCCCAUUAAAAAUGCUUUGCACUGCAAAGAUGCUUAAGUAUUUUAAAAUAGCGUUUUAUAAGUCUAUUCGCAUAUCUAUGAUCAGAACAUCUGGUCCAAUCAAACGAAUGUGUUUCAAUAAACAAGAGUUA